GCCGGUCCAGCCCCGUCCAGAGACGGUUUGACCAGCGCGCGCGCGUCUUGUCCAGUGCCCGUGUCCAGUGACUCCAGUGACAUUUGUUCAUCGUGCCAGUGAGCGCCACCCAGAGAGUUUGUUCCGACCAAUAGAAGAGUCUACAACAAUUGCCCAGGAAAAGUGACGCAGAGGGGUGUUCGACCCAACGUUUCGCAGUUUCCACGACAAUUUCAAAGGAGGUCAACGCAGAAUACGACCGGGAGAAAAUGGAACCCCGCGCCGCCUGCUCCGUUCUUCUGGCUGCACUGCUCGUCGCCGCCGCGGGCGCCAACCACCUCCAAGAACCAUCCCGGGGCGACGUCAGUCACCGUCGCGUUCGCAGACAGAACGGUGAGGUCGUGGAGAGCAUCUUCCAGAUCCCCAUCCAGACGCUGAUGGCCGUGUCCAAGGUGUUCACGACGGGCAUCCAGAGCAUCCGGAGGACGGGUGAGCAGUUCUUCCAGGCGACGCGGCCGACCGGGACUAGCAGUCUGACGUCGUCUAGCGCGGGCAGCUACGGCACAGCGCUGCAGCAGCAGUACCAGCAGUACCAGCAGCAGUAUCAGCAGUACCGCCCGCCUAAGCCCUACCGACCCAGACCCUCCGCGGGGACCUACUCCUCAUCGGCGCACUCGUCCGCCUACGCAGCCCUGACCCGUCCCAACUACAACUACAUCUACAGCAACUACGUCUACCCGCGCGGGGGCGCCGCGUCCUCCUCGACGGGGACCUCCAAGUCGCACGCCGCCAACGUGGCAGGCGUCGGCACGCAGGCCGACGGCUCGAGCUACCGCAUCUAGGGAGGCGCCAGAGCUCAGCGCACAGCUAUUUAUUACACUCCAUCAAUCUCAUCAGUUUCAUCGUCAUACAAACGUCUCAUCUUCAAAUCUUUUUUCGUGGCGGUGUACGCUGGCGGUCUGUUAGGGUCGGGGGUGGUUGAUUGGCAGGUGUGCCUUAUGGACGUCUGUGUCAAUGAACUGUCGAGGACCUACGCCAGCCUAGAACUUGAACCUAGACAGGGGAGGCAGGCCUUACACUAGAGUGCAUUUCCUGCACAGACCAGUUGUGCACUCCCCGUGCCCUGAGCUGAACCCGUCGCAUCCGCGGAUUCCUACACAAACAUACCAUUCGUUUCAAAAAUAAGCUUCACAGUCAUUCAUUCACUUUUAUUUAUUGUCACUAGCAUUGUAAAGAAUCGCAUUUAUCUUUGUCUGUGUUAUUUAGUAAAUAAUUUCAACUGUGGUAAAAUAAAAAUAAAGAAAUGUAUUCCACGUUCAUCCGUGACA